AUGCUAAAUGAUGAAAAACUAAAUCCAAUUGAAUAUCAUAAUGGAAAUUUAUCGGAUGAAUAUGCAACAAAAUUUUCAUCGCAAAAACUAUUUUUAUCUAAUACUGAAAAUAUCUUUCAUAAUGCAUCAACAAAUAUGAAUCUUAAUAACAAUGUUAUUGAGGACCUCGAUUUUUAUUUAAUUAAUAAUAAUGAUCAUCAUUCUGAUAGUAGCCAUACGUCAUCACCAUUAUCUCAACAACAACAUCCACAAUUUUAUUUUAUAUUAAAUGCAUUACCAUCAUCAUCGAGAAUAAAUGAAGAAACAACAACUUAUUUAAAUCAAGGUCAACCAUAUGAAAUAAAAUUUCAAAUAAAAAAAAAUAAAACCCAACAUCUUACAAGACCGUCUAUGGAUUAUUCAUUUUCAACAACUUAUCGGUCAAUAUUACGUUUAUGUUUCUGGGAUAAAAUAUUACAAAAUCAAGAAUAUGAAUUAAUGCAAAAAUGGGUAAAUGCAUAUCAAUCAUCAUCAUUAUUUGAUAUUGAUAUGAAUUUGACAUAUGGAAUUUUAUCAAUAAUACGUUCAAAACAAAUACCAAAUGCUAUCGAAAUUGUCUGGGACGCAUCAACAACAACAUCAUUAUUUAUACGUUUUAAAUGUACAUCAACUGAUUUUGCACAAAAACGACAUGGUGGAGAAAAAGGUAUACUAUUACGUAUACAAAUCGAUACAUAUGAAAAUUAUGUUGAUGAUAUAAGACAUUUAUAUUCAUGUUAUUGUAAACUUCAAUUAUUUCGUUUAAAAGGUGCGCAGAGAAAAAAUAAAGCAGAUAAAAUGAGAAUUGAAAAAUUAAAUUUUCAUCAACGUCGACAAUAUCAAACAACACUUGAAUAUACUAUUUUACAACAAUGUUCUAUUUCAUCACUUUAUACACUUAAUCUUUUAAGUCUUUCUUAUCCACCUGAUGAUUUAUUUGAUGUUUGUACAACGCCAAUAAUUCAAGAAAAUUUAUUAAUAGAAAAAAAAGAAUCUGAUGAUUUAGAAAAUAAUGAUCAAAACCAUUAUCAAAAUAAUAGUCCUGAAGGUUUAUCAUCCAUGUUAUCAUCAUCUCCAUCAAAUAUGAAACAUAAUUCUACAGAAUUUCAUAAUUUACAAUCAAGAAUAGAGACAAAAAUUACUAUACAAUCAUCAAAUGAACAAGUGUUAAAUUGGUUAAAUAAUAAUAAUUUUUCUUCUGUUAUAAAUCGUUUUCAGCACUAUAAAGGUGUUGAUAUUCUUCGAUUAUCUAAAAAUGAUAUUCGUCAAAUAUGUAAUGAUGAUAAUGCGAUAAGCAUUCGUCUUUAUAAUCAAUUGAAUGAAACUCUUAUUCAACCAUUAAAAAUUCUUUAUAUUACAUUGACAAAUAAUGAUAUAUAUUCAACUAUUUAUUUACAUACAUUAACUUGUCAUGAAUUAUUAGAAAAACUUUUUGAACUAAUUCAACAACCAAAACAAGAAAUUUUUAAUAUAAUACUUGAAUUAAAUAAAAUUAAAAUUCGAAUAGAUAAAGAUAAUGUUGUUAAAUAUUCUUUACCAAAUGAAAGUCGAUUUUAUUUAAAAAUAUAUCCUUACGAGUUUAAUCUUUGUUUAUUAAAUAUUUCUAUCGACGACUUUUUUACAUUGAGAAAAAUUGUGGAUAGUGGUGCUGAUGUAGCAAUUGUUGGUGGAGGUUUUCUUGGUAGUGAAUUAGCAUGUGCUUUAGCAUAUCGGUCGAAACAAAAUGGUAAAAAUGGAAAACCAAGUGGAAAAAUUACUCAAUUAAUGCAUGAAGCCGGUAGCAUUAGUAAAGUAUUACCAGAAUAUUUAAGUAAAUGGACAUCAGAACGUGUUCGAGAAGAAGGUGCAGAAGUAGUAACAAAUGUUGAACUUGUUGGUACAUCAAUUCAAGAAGGAAAAGUUACUCUAUCUUAUAUUGAUCCAAACGAACCAAAAAAAACAAGUUAUGUUACUGCUGAUCAUAUUAUAGUUGCUGUUGGUAUUGAACCAAAUACAGAUUUCGCAAAAUCAGCUGGUUUAGAAAUUGAUCCAAAUCAUGGAGGUUUUCUUGUUAAUGCUGAAUUACAAGCACGUCAUAAUAUUUGGGUUGCUGGUGAUGCAGCAUCGUUUUAUGAUAUUAAAUUAGGUCGACGUCGUGUUGAACAUUAUGAUCAUGCAAUUGUUAGUGGUAAAUUAGCCGGAGAAAAUAUGACAGGUGCUCAUAAACCCUAUUGGCAUCAAUCAAUGUUUUGGUCAGAUUUGGGACCAAAUAUUGGUUUUGAAGCUAUUGGUUUAACUGAUUCAGAAUUACAAACUGUUGCUGUUUAUGCUAAAGGUAAACCAGAUGAUGAAAUACAAAAAGAAGAUAGUGAAGGCAAUCGAGAACAACAAGACAUAGCACUAACAUCAAACGCUAAUGCAUUAAAACAUAAUAUACCAAAAACAACAGCAGAGAAUAAAGAUGAUUAUAAUAAAGGUGUUGUAUUUUAUUUAAAAGAAAAUAAAGUUGUUGGUAUUGUUCUUUGGAAUGUUUUUAAUCGAAUUCCAAUAGCACGAAAGAUUAUCAAAGAUCAAGAAGUGAUUACUAAUUUUCAAGAACUUGCGAAACUUUUUAAUAUUCAUCAAGAUUAG